CUAUCAUCAUCCUUACCUCAAUGUCGCAAAGACUUCCACCAAUCGUGAAUCAAGAGGUUGGAUGUAUACAGUCUUACUCCUGUACUAAAGUACAGAGAUACUGUUUCUGAAUAACUCGUAUUGAAAAGCGCGUCAAAAAUUACAUAGACUGACCGUUACUUCAUAACCGUACAUUACUAAAUGGCUAACAAAAAACAUUUUUCCAACCGAAAAUACAAUAUUACCCCUCAUUCGAUUACCAGCUGCCGACAGUCCAUAUACACAUGCAUGUAAUUUCACACUAUAAAGCCCCGCCUUCUCCUCCAUCCCUAUGAAAAAACAGAGUCACUCUGUUCUCUGCUUGCUGAACUCCGGAGCAAUAAAACACGAAAUAUACUGUAAAAAUGUCGUCACCAUUCGGCCACGGCCACCACCACCACCACCACGACCGGGAGGAAGAGCUCCCUCCUCCGCCGCGAGAUGACCGCGAGAACUUCGAGUACGGGGGUGACGGGUUUGAUUCGGAACGACCAAUCACCGUGCACCACGUCUCCCACUACGAGAGCCAUACUACUCAUCCUCCUCACUAUGAUGAUGGCAGCAGUGAGAGGAGGACUUAUAAGAUUUAUUGUCGGGCGGAUACUAAUCACUGCCUCUCCAUCCGCCAUGGACAUGUCAUUCUUGCCCUUUCUGAUCCAUCCGAUCCAAACCAGCACUGGUACAAGGAGGAGAAAUACAGCACAAAAGUAAAGGAUGAUGAGGGGUUACCAAGCUUUGCUUUGGUGAAUAAAGGUACAGGACAGGCCAUCAAGCAUGCUGCUGCUGCGACUAAACCGGUUCAAUUGACGAAGUACAUUCCCGAUCAUCUUGACCAAUCCAUCUUAUGGACGGAAAGCAAGGAUACCGGUGAAGACUACAGAGCAAUCAGGAUGGUUAACAACAUUAGCCUCAACUUCGACGCUUUCCACGGGGACGAAGAUCACGGCGGUGUCCGUGAUGGGACUACCGUUGUCAACUGGGAGUGGACUAAAGGUGACAAUCAGCGCUGGAAGAUCGUCCCCUAUUAUUGAUAUACAUGCUACCUUUCUUACAUCGAAAAUAAAGAGGGAUCGGAGGCCAGUGCUUGCGGGUUGUUUCUCAAUAUGUGUGUGAAUAAUCACUGUUUAUGGCUAAGCUUAUUAAGCUAUAUACACUUUGGUUUAUACUAAGUAAUAAUGAUGAUGAUAAUAAUUACUAUUAAUAAAAUGAAAGAUUAUGUUAUCCUUCAGGAUUUGUGCCUGUAUUGUACUCUAUCUAUAGAAUAUGUAUAAAGAAGGUGGCAAGCUUGUCUAAAUCUAUCAUGUUUUGAGGAUAAAUAAAGGAGAGGUUGAAUAUCUUGGGUCUCUUGACUACCAUUUAUGCAUACAUCCAUGAGUAAUU